AUGAGAGUUCCCAAAUUAACCUCGCUCUUCGCCCUCGUAUUCCUGCCACUUUGUAAUUCUCACUUCAUUAUCCUCACUCCGCCACCUCUGGGAAACAACAUCAACAAUGAGGACCAAUCGCCCUGCGGUGGCUUCAAUCCCUCGAGUUCCGACAACAUCACAGAUUUCCACGUCGGCGGCGACGCUAUCGGCCUCACGACCCUUCAUGCACAAGCAUAUUUCGCCUACCGUGGACUGCAGGGCACGUCCCUGUCGGCUCCGAACUGGACUGUCCUGAUCCCGACUGUCGAAGAAUUUGGCCUGAACAGUUUCUGUCAACCCGCCAUCACAGCCCCAGCUUCCUGGGCAGGGUCGGCGGGUUUGCUCCAGGUCAUCCAGGACGCGGAAGACGGCGUGCAUUACCAGUGCAUGCAUGUCAACUUCGUUGCAGGAGUUGGCACGCCGCCAUCGGCAUGCAGCAAUUCAUCGGGUGUCUCUGCGCAGUACGCAGAUGAUCCCGCCUUCGACACUAUCGAGGGUUCUGCAUCACCAGCGCCGUCUUCGACGCAGGCUUCCACCUCUCCAACCCAGGCAACAUCGCCUUCCACGUCCUCAGCCUCAGCCUCAGCCUCUUCACCCACCUCGGCAUCCGCAGCGCCUCCCACGAUGAGGCUCAGCUUCGCAGAAAUUUGGCUUCUGGCUGGCCUGCUAGCAUUGAUGUUCGCUGCCAAUUUUGAAGCUUACUACAAUGGCGACCUCCUCGCAUUCUUGCUUGAUCCAGAAGUGGCAUAUGAAUGCUUAAGCUCUAUACCGGUUAUUCAAGAGCAUGCGGAAGCAUUGGUUGCGAGUCUUCGAGGCUACUUGGAGAUGCAAAGCACCCUUGACUAUCUGUCGGCUCCCACUACCGGAUGGCUUUUCCCGCCUGUCGACAUUGUCCAUGUCCUGAGUCAAAUUUGGACCAAGCUCGUCAACAACCAAUACUCGAGCGAGUACGACUUGCAGGUUGAUUUGCAUACCAUGACCCUGCUGGGCAAAGACGACCAUUUCAUAACGAAAGGUCCGCUGUUGAACGCGCUGACAUUCGAGCGACGGCCAGAUGCGGUUCCCUUGAUCUCGCUGUCUGAAGAUGGGAAACAAAUACCCUCCGUCUACCUUCUAUGGGACAGAUUCUACCAGGGAGAACAAGGGGAGCUCAAGCUCCGAUCCGACCAUGCUUAUUCGGCCAUCACCAAAAUCAACGGUAUCGAUGUUCAAGAAUUCCUGCAGGUGGAGUCAUUGACCGGCACGUCCCAGGAUCUGGACUCCUUGUACAACGGCAUGAUGCAUCCCUACGGGCUUUUCGAGAGCCCCGAAUUCUACCCUGGACCUUACACAAACUACACAUUCCAAAAUGGAUCGGUCAUGCCAUUCAGAAACUACGCUAAUUGGAGGAAGAACAAUUUGACAGGAGUUGCCAACGCCAUCGACAUGUAUGCCCUGUUUUUCCAAACUGUCGACCUCUCUAGUGACGAUGGCGAGGACGACCCCGAUAGCGAUAGCGCUUCUGCACAUCCAAGGAAAAUAGUGAAGCGGCAAGUACCCGCGCCUGCUAUCUACUCAGACGACGCUGGCGCAAUCUCAGGGUAUUGGGGCGACGGUAUCCCGGAUGAUGUCGCCGUCCUAACCAUCUCCGGCUUCUCCCCCGCCGACUCUGGAGGGUCAGAUUCCAAAUCCCAGAAAACCCUUCAAGCAAUCCUGGAGGCCACCAAGGAGCUCGGCAAGGAAAAGUUGAUCAUCGACCUGCGGCAGAACGGGGGCGGAUCUGUCAGACUGUGCUUGGAGACGAUGGUGCAGCUGUUCCCCGACACGCCGCCCGACACCAAGUCCAGCAUGAGAGCCAACGGUGCCCAAAAGGCCAUCGUCGAGUACUUCAGUGAACAGACCCGAAUUGCCGAAAACGCAGAUCCCAGUACGGGAACCGACGUGACUGAAGUCGAUGCCGAGCGCUCCUAUUCCCCCUGGGCGUACCAGACCGUCAUGUCGCCAAAGGUUAAGCCGUUCAACAACAUGGACCACUACUACGGCCCUUACCGCGAGGGUCCCGGGUAUUUCACCUCGUAUUUCCAGGAAAACUAUACCAACAACGAGUACUCCAUGAUCGACCAUUCAGAGAUAGUCCUCACGCAAGCAGUUCCGGGGAAACAGUGGCCGUACAGCCCCGAAAACAUGAUUAUCUUGACCGACGGAAUCUGUGCGUCGGCAUGCUCAAUAUUCGUCGAACACCUGAAGAACAAGUUCCGCGUCAUGAGCAUCGUCAUCGGCGGCCGGCCCCAGACAGGCCCCAUGCAAACCAUCGGUGGCGUGCGUGGCAGCAGAUUGUUCGAAUACCCUCACCUGGUCAACAUGUUGAUUGCGUACCAGAACCAGACGACGGCGAACCCGGACUCCGCCGACCCGACGUUCGACAACUGGGACUACGGACCCGCCUCGCGUUUCGGGACCUACCUCCGUGUCAACGGCUUCAACGCCUACCGCCUGGGCGAGCCGCACAACAUCCCGCUCCACUUCGCCUACGAGGCCGCCGACUGCCGCAUCUGGUACACGCCCGAGAUGAUCGAGGACGACAAGGUGCUGUGGAGCCGCGUGGCCGAGCUGGCGUUCGGGAACCGCGUGGGCGACGUGAUCGAGUCGCCCUACUGUGUCGAUGGGAGCACCAAACACCCGACCAGCAUCAGCGGGGGUGUUCGGCAGGGAGAUCUGGGUCCGCAGACGCCGCCUGACAGCGCUUUCCCGCAGUACACCGGGUGGAUCGUGAACGGCACGCAGAUCACGCAGGACGAUCUGGGCCGUGCGCAUGGAUUCGGACCGGGUGCACACCACGAAUACGAAUACGACGACGAUAGUGACAGCGAGGAUGAAGGCACGGGCGUCGAUCCGGUCGCGCUGGAGAAUUUCAAGGAUCUGUGCUCGCAGACUAUCACUGAGGAGCAGUGGUUUCUGAAGCUCAUGUGCCUGAACGUACAGUGA